ACCAAGUUUAUGACAUUAACUAGUUGUAUGAUGUAAUGAUUACGUCAUACCACCAGUAUAGCGCAGUGUAUACGUGUGUCGGUGUAAAAUGGAGCACCCUCUAUCUGCAUACUGAGCUGCUAGUACUGAUACUUGGUCCAAGAUAUAAUCAGAGGUGUAUUAUGGAAGACCCUAUAUCAGUCCAACAUCCACCCACCACUGAAGACUUUGAGAACAAGCAGUUUGAGUGUGAAUAUGAUGGCUGUGAUCGCAAGUACACUUCUAGAGGAAAUCUCAAGACACAUGUAAAAUCUCACGAAGGACAGUUCAACUACCAGUGUGAUUAUGACGACUGUGACAAGGCGUUCAUCACUUCAUAUAGACUCAAAGUUCAUCGUCGAGUACACACGGGAGAGAAGCCUUACCUCUGUGAGAAGGAUGACUGUGACAAAUCUUUCAAUACCAAGUAUCGACUGAGUGCACACCAGAGGCUACACACAGGAAAUACGUUUAAUUGCGAAUUUGACAACUGUGCAAAACAAUACACCACUCGAAGUGAUCUUAAGAAACACUCUCGGAAGCACACUGGUGAGAAGCCUUAUCAGUGCAAGGUGGGCGGAUGUGGAAAGUCUUACAGUGCCUCACAUCAUUUAAAAAGUCACUUGCUCAAACACAAUGAAAUAAACUGCUACUUUGAAGGCUGCUCGUUUUAUUCUAAUGACCUCUCAGAACUUCAAACUCAUAUAAAAACCGAGCAUGAAGCUCAAUUCAAUUCCACUUUCAUCCAUACACCUGAGGAAGGAUCUCUGGUUGAUGCUGUGAAUACCCUUCAAAAGCUCGCAGAAGCCGCUCAAAUGGUACUGAAACAAAGUGAUGUCUUCACACAGUUUCAAAAUGUUCCUCCAUCAAAUCAGAGCGUAUCACAAGGAUUUCAAGCUACCAGUAUACCCUCUCUAAUGGACAUGUCAACCUACCACCAUGACAUGUCUACUAUCGAUCAAUCAAACAAUAACAUUGAUAUGUUGUCUAUGGAUCAAUCUACCAGCAACGUGUUCAAUCAAUCCUCAGUCCCUGUAAGCUCCAACAUCAACUUUUUCGGUCUCCCUGAAAACCAGUCCACUGAAAUUGAUGGAGCAACAGACAACAGCACACAAACAAUGGAAUUUAAUGCUCUCUCUUUUUCUGAAUUGCUGGCUGGAGAUUUCAAUCAAGCAUUCGAAGUACAACCAAUGAUGCAGUCUUCUUCUGCUCAAGUUUCGUCUCAAUAUAAUUCGAUAAUUAAUCUGCCCAAUCCUGAUCCUAUUUAUUCUGGAUCGUCUAUUUCCGAUUCUGUAUUUGCCAGCAUCAACAUUGGACCUACGAAGAGAGACCAAGUUUGUCAAACAGAUCUUCAACCCACUUCAGGCGAAACAACGUUUGCUGAGGAAAAAUCGUGUGGAGAUUGUAUAAACUGUUGCAGCUGUUGCUCAUGUAGUGAUAUGUCUUGCUCUUGUUCCGUGAAGAAAUCUGCUCUAGCUGGGUUUCCAAGCAACGUUCUAAUAGACAGAGAAAAGAUGAGUUUGUCAGAGAACCUCAUAACUGCUGCAAAGAGUGGCAACACUAAAGAGGUCCGGAGGCUGCUGAGCAAAGGAGCACUCUUCACAAAGGACCAGUACGGCAAUACUGCAUUGCACGAGGCAGCUUGGAAUGGAAACAGCGAUAUUGUUAAAAUUCUCCUAACCGGGUUCUGCUUCGUGGACAGCAUCAAUAACACUGGUUUCACUCCCCUUCACUUGGCCAGUCAGAACGGCCAUGCAAAGGUUGUCAAGACUCUGCUGAAAUGGAAGGCUAACCCAUCCCUUGUGAACCAGCAUGGAGAGACUGCUCUGCAUCUCGUGGCUAAGUAUAAUCACGCUAAUGUUAUCUCCUCCUUUGCUGCUCACAAGGUCUGCCUGGAUCUCAGAGGAAAGGAGGGGAAUACUGCUCUCCACAUUGCUGCUAAGCUGGGAAAUGUCGAGACAGCUAAGGCUAUGCUCUCUGCUGGUGCACAUCCUGCCAUUUCCAAUGAUAGAUCUUUGAGACCACUGAACUACGCUGAGACUGGCGGCUAUCCUGCUCUGGCCAAACUAAUCAAUACCGCAAUGCAGAAGUACAAGCCAAAGCAUCGCAAUCCUAGCAAUGGUAUGUCACCGAGAGCGCCCCCCGCCAGUCCUGGCUCCCCCUACACCACGGGCUACUCUCUCUCUCAGCCCGAGGACUACCCUUGCAGUCUCUCUCAACCACUGGGGGAAGCAUCACCAGCACAUGUACAUGGGAUUAAACCUCGUACCCAGCGAUCCAAGAGUGCUAAAACUUCCAAAGAUGUCCGCUCCUCAGCUAACAAGCAAACGAGCAAGAAGCUCAUUAAAACAGAGAAAGAAGACAAGCUCACUGGCUCCCUCUCACCAGCACCCUACAAGUACUUCUCCAGUCAAGAUGAACUGGACAGCAGUGGCUUGUACCCUGACAGUAAGGAGGGGUAUCACAGGAGCAUAUCCCCAGCCCACAGGCAGGCCACCAUUGACCAGAUGCUCACAGAGAUUGAGACCGAGUACAUGGGCCCUGGAUACAAGUAUAAGCCUUUGAUUAGCUCACUGUACGUGGACAGCAACAACUACAGUCACCCACGGCCAGUCAACUCGGCCAAGACGUACCUUCAAUCGACUCGUAAUGGAGAUGUAACCAAGGAAAACUACGAUAUUCUCACAGCACCUGGCUCUGACGAUGAAUACGACUACCCAAACCCUAACAACACCAACUCUUCUAAUUCCAACAACUCCUCUCUUCAAAAGUCUAAUCAGAGUCAAGUGCCAAAUGAGCAUUCUCAUUACCAGAGCCCCAGACAGACACGAAAGCUGCCCUCCCCACCAGCCUCCCCUCUCCCUACUACUACAACGGGGAAUUUCAAGAACCACACGUACGAGCCACUCAAGCCUAAGGAGGAUGUGGACACAUACGUGUAUAUGGCCCCUCUCAGUGAUUAUCCAGAACUAUUACAGCCAGAGAGCACACAGCAUGCUAGGAGCUCGCUCAGUCCAAAAACAUCGGACUCUCAAAGUUUACUGAGUGAGUCUGGCUCUGAGCUGUCAGCAGGCUCCAUUGGAGGCAGUAAAAGUGGAAAGAAAGUGGCUGCAGUCAGGGACUCUCCUGUAGAAGCUGACAGACUGCAUGAGCCAAAUGCUGUACUGGAGCCAGUCAAGGGAAUAUUGAUAACCCAGACCACUAAUGAAGCUGAGAAAUCACAACUGGAAGACUACCUUCAGAAAGAACUAGAAACGAUUCGUCAAGCCUUUCAAAUCAGACUUAACCAACUCGAGAAGAGAUACCAGCGUCAACUUGAGCUUGAGAAACAUAAGCACAUCCUCUCCCCUCUCUUGCCACAACAAGUUCACCCCAAUCCCUCCCAGCGCAGGGAACAGGCCAAACUGAAACGAAACAGCUGGCACAGUUGUAUGCCUACAGAGCAGGAUUUUGAGAUUCCUGACAAGAAGAGCGAGUCAGUUUUGAAUGGAGAUGUUCCAAGUGGGUCAGAUAUCUAUGAGCACGAUCCGUCUCUCGUGAAUGAGCUCCCAGAAAGCCUGAGAGGAGUUGAUCACAAGAUGCAAGACAACUCGAACAAACCAACAGAAGAUGAAUUCAGUGACUAUGAAGACAUGUCAGCAGAGUGCACGGUGGAUAAAGACUCUCAGGAACUAAUCCACCAGAAAGUUAGUGACUAUCGUGAUCGAAUGCUACACCACUUUAAGGAAAAAUCGGAGGCUCAGAUAGCUGCAAUAGAGCAAGAGUAUCAGAGUCAAAUCAACGAGGUGCAAAGAAAGUGCGAAGACAACGCUUCUGAGGAGGUGGUUCAGUUGAAGGGCAGGAUAAGAAAUCUCGAGGAGCAAUUGGAAGUACAGACUACUCUAGUUUAAACUGGUUGGCUGUAGCUAGCUAUUUAUGUAUAUCCGCGAGUGUUCUUAUAAUCAACAGCAGAGGCACUGCUUUAUUAUUAAUAUUAUUAAUUUCCCUUGUAUAUUUUGUAUAUAGGUGUGCAAGCGUUUGUUUAUAAAAUAAUGUGUGUUGUGUUAUAUGGUGUGUUGUGUUAUAUGGGUUAAAUGAAAGUGACAGUUGAGAAAACAAAA